GAAGAAAAGUGACGUACUUCCUCCUUCAGUCGCGCCGCCGCCAGGUCGUGUUGGUGCUAUUGGAUAAUAAAUUAGUCAAACUUUAACUUACAUUAGUGAAGACCGCGACGGCGAGGUGCUGAUAGAGUCGUUACACUUGGUGAGAGAUAAGUUCGUUUUCCAGUGUGAGGUGCCUCCGAAGAUACCGCUAUGGCCAAGGUACAAGUGUUGAAUGUCGCUGUGCUGGACAACCCAAGCCCAUUUGGAAACCCUUUUCAGUUUGAAAUAACGUUUGAAUGCAUGGAGGACUUGCCAGAAGAUCUGGAGUGGAAGAUCAUCUAUGUGGGUUCAGCUGAGAGCGAGGAAUACGACCAGGUUCUGGACUCGGUUCUAGUUGGCCCGGUACCGGCUGGCAGACACAUGUUUGUGUUUCAAGCUGAUGCUCCUAACACAGGGCUGAUUCCAGAGAGUGAUGCUGUAGGAGUGACUGUGGUCCUCAUAACCUGCACCUACCGUGGACAGGAAUUCAUCCGCAUCGGUUACUAUGUCAACAAUGAAUACACGGACCCUGAACUACGGGAAAACCCGCCUCUCAAACCAGACUACACUCAGCUCCAGAGGAAUAUUUUGGCUUCCAACCCCCGCGUCACCCGCUUCCAUAUCAACUGGGAGGGCUCGGCAGACAAGAUGGAGGACAGUGAAAACGUUGACCCGUCCCCCAACAUCAGCGGCAUGCUCCCUCCAUCCUGUAUACCAGGAAAGAUGCCACCUCUUGGACUGAUGCCAGACAACUCCAUGGAUUGCAUGUAAGAAUCAUCAGAUUAACAUAAUGGACAAGGAGCCCUUCUUAUCUGUACACUUGCCCACACCACAAACACACAAUUUGACAAGGAGGCCAUGGAUGUAUCUACCUAACACGUGGACAUUAACAGGAAGCACGGACGCUUAUUUUUAUACAGCAUACGCAAAAGGGAUGGAUCUGGAUUGUAACUUUUUUUCUCUCUUUGAACACACACGCAGAUCUCUACAACCAACAUUGCCUUAUUUUACCGUAUGUCUGUCUUGGAUGAUGUUAAAGCCGAGCCAGAGAAAGUCAUCAGGGCGGGGCGAUCUUUAGACAAGACCGCCAUAUCCUCACAGUCCUGAGACUUACAAGUCACACACAUGCACUGAUGUUAACCUGUUUGGGCACCCAUACUGUGCUGUUCACCUUGUCCUCCUGAGCACAAAUCAAAGCUCUGGACAGAAUACACUGACCAGCAGAGUGCUCAGUGUUUCAGAGUAGGUGUAGCACUAGCUGCAUAUCGAAAAGCAUUUCAUUGUUCAGGAGGUUUGUCUCAUGUGAUGUAAUUUGUCGCAUUGGAAAUACCUGUGGAAACAAAUCUUCAGGGGCCUGUUCCUGUUAUCUGGACAGCUUAUUUAGUUUAAAACCUGAUACUCCCACAAAUCUGGAAGAUUUGAAUGACAGAAAUCCGUUGGCAAAUUUUUCCCAUGGUUUAUCAGUAUAACUCGGUGAACAUGCUUCUACGAACAUGUACCAGUUCAGAUAAUGUUCUAAAAGAUGUCUUCUGUAAUUAUGCACACAACAUGUACGCAAAGGAGACGAUGGAGAAAUCAAUGCCAUGUCGCAGUCAAGUUGUUUUGAUGAUUGAGGCUCACUGUAAAUAAUGUUUUCCCAGCGCUUAUUUUGCCUUUGAGAUGACAAGGCAUGUUUUCUUUUUGUACUUAUUCUCUGCCUAAGUAUUUGUUACAACAGUAAUGGGUUUAAUAAAGUUUGUUUUGUGAA